AUGGUGAUCAUUUCUGUUGAUCAGUCUUCAUUCUCAAGUCCAAUAUCGCCUACGACAUCUAUCGAAUCUGAGAAAAGCUGGAGAGUUUCGGGUGUACCGAAUGGGGUUGCCAAAGACAUUGAUGCUGAGGCCCUCCAAUCUCAAGAUGCAAAGCCCAGGUAUUCUACAACCAUUACCAGCUCCCCAACAGCAGGCGUUCAAGAAAUGUAUGAAAAUAGAUAUAAGCUGCUGUUAGAUGAUAACCGUUUCCUUCAAGACAGUCUGAAGAGAGAGCAGCAGGCGCGAGAGGAGAUUGCAAAGUUGAUGAGGGAAGAAUGUGGAGGUUUGAGCCAUCAGAUCAAGAUGUGUAUGGAGGAGAAACGGAUCACUGAAAACAAUCUUGCUGAAGCAAGAUUGGAAAUCGAAAGGCUGAAGGACUUCCAGCACACCCUCAAGGCAGAGGUUGAUCUAAAGGAUCAAAAGAUUGGAGAUUUGCUAGAGCGGAUCAAAGAGCAUGAUGCAGCUCAUAAUCUGAUCGAGGAGGAGAAGUCUAUGGACGAAUUGAUGGUUGAACGGAAAAAGUCUGAUAGCUUCAGCUCAAAAUGGAUGGCUGAGAAGGAAAUCAGUCAUUCAUUGUCCCUAAAGAUUGCGGAGUUACAAAGAGAUCAAUAUUCUCAUCAAGCUGAAAUUCAAACGCUCAAACAGUCGUUGGUUGAAGUGAAGAACCAAGCUCGGGGAGACAAGUGCUCAUAA